CUGCCGAGCAAGGCCUCAGCUCCCUCCAAGGCUAUUCCUGACCUUCCUGCUACUGACUCUGUUCAGGCCAAAUCGCGCCGGACGGGCAAAGCAUCGAAAUGCAAGAGGUGUGCGGUUCCGCGCCCUCUCGCUCAAAGUGCGCAAAGCACUUUCGGCGGUUCUUAUUUCGCACUUUCCUUUGGACUAUUGUGAUUCUCAUCAUUCUGGGCAUCACUAGCAUUCGUCCCAUCCAAAACUUCUUCCUCAGACCCAUUGGCGCUCUCCUUCGCACCUGCCCCGGAUGGCUAGGGGAUGUCUUGUCCUGGCCGUUCGUCACGAUGCUUCGCAUCGCUCACUGGAACCCCCUUUUUGUCAUCGUCUGUGGCGCUCUGAUCAUCUCAAUGUUGCUUGAAAAACGCGCCAAAUCGCGUCGUCGUCGAGCUGCUCGUCGACGGGCACUCGUUGCAGACCUGCUUGAGGGCGAUUACGUUCGACCCACCGCUGGAGAUGGGAAGCGCAAUCCACCACCUGCUCACGGACGCUCGCUGCUCUCCACCUACCGUCAGAACGUUAUUACAGCCCAUGAUUACGGAAAGACUGCUGCGGCACAGGUCGUGCCAGCUGCACGGUGGGUGUCAGAAGCUGUGUUGGUCGCUGGUGGGACCAUCAUAGUCUGCUCGCAACGGACAGGAAAAGCGCUAGGCUCAGCAUACCGUGCCGGGAGACUCGAAGCAUCUCGUCGUCGUGCCCUUGCAAAUCCUGACGAUGAGCACCAGCCACUACUCAGCGGACCGGCUUCGAUUGAAGAGACGAGGGCCGAUGAUGUGCAGUUCCCCAGCCAGAUGAACCCUUACACCCUCAAGGCUCGACGUGUAUGGUCCGCUGCUCGUUUCGGAGGCUACAAGACCUACAGUGCUUUACGUCUGACCGGCUAUACUCUGCAAGCAGAAUUUAUUGCUGCUCUGGAUUCUUGGCGCGAAGAUGGCGAGUUGCAGUUGCAACAUGAUGAAGUGCAAGAUGAUCACACGUCCUACCGUAUCAAUGUAGGCGACGACACGAAUGGCCGACGUGAGAUGAGCGAAAGAGACUCGAUCAGAAGCGUCAGUCCAAGUAGUACGGUUGACGACCAAAGUGACGUGUUCGAGAACCAAGAUCAAGCUUCUCUCACAGUUACUGUCGCUCGCGAUCCAACCAACGCCUCUCCGACAAGAAUCGCCGCAAAUCGCAAAGCGUUUGAAAGGACUGCUGCCGCUCGACGAGCGGAACGAUUUUUUGACAAAAUCGCUGCACGUCGCAAUAGCUCUUGAUUCUCCUUCCCACCCCUUCCCUGCUGGUGUUAGCAUUUACAUUGUAUUGGCCAGUACAUUGUAUCUUGCGCGAAACGCUCUUUGCCCACACACCGAAUAUUCACUCGAACGAAAUGUUCUAGUAGCACGCGUUUUAUUAGAUCAGAUCACAACGCGGCUGGAAUGUCGAGUCGAGUGGAAGUGGGGGUGGGCGCACAAUGUGAACAAUGUCCUCGCAAUGUCGCAAU